UAUAUACAUCCAUAAACAUUAAAUGUUUAUAGAUCAUUACGAAGUAGUAUAGAAUUUUUUGAAAUUUGUACAAAAUUUCAUAAAUUAUAAUGAUUAUUUUUUGUAUUUUGUUGUAUGUUUUUACUUUUUUUAGAAUUUUGUAGAUCUCUUUUCCGCCAGGUUGCCAGGGGAAAUAUUUAUGUAUAGUAAAUUUCUCUCUUUGAUACGCUUUACGAUAGAAAAAAAUCAAUUGCAGGGUGGUCUACAUAAACAGUCUCUAUCACAUGAUUUAGGUUCUCCCCCAAUGUAUGUAUAACGCGACCAGUGCACGCGUUUAUAUGCGUAAGCGAAUAUUAGCAUUCUGACGUCUCGUACGAACCAUCAGUCUGAUAGUGGCUGCUGAGGAGAGACGAGCGAAUUUCGUGGUCCUGAACAGCGCGCCUCACCUUCGAUACCUUUGUGCGCGUUCGCAUCAUCACGACAAGAUCUAGGUCAACAUCAAAUUUCAACAUGAUUGCUAUUCUCCUUGGUGUUCUGUCGAUUCUCUGGGCUCAAAGAAUUGGGGCGAGCGUGCUGGUCGCCGACACUACCAUGUCCAGGAUGGUGGAACUGAAUGCAGAUGCACCCUUCUGUGCUCUUUAUAAUGAUCGCGGAGUCAUUCAGAGAAUGGUUCUCGGUGCGGAUCCCAGAAAAGUUCGACAAAUUUCCAGCAACCUUGUCGCCGACCUCGAAGAAACCUGCAAAGCUUCGCGUGUUAAGGGAAAGAAUCAAGCACCUGGCGGUGGUUUAAUAUACCCAGGGACCAAGUGGUGCGGACCAGGCAACGUGGCAAAUUCCUACGACGAUUUGGGCCAACAUUCGGUCGAGGAUGCGUGCUGCAGAGAACACGAUCAUUGUCCAUUCACGAUAGCACCGCAACAAUGCAUACACGGCAUUUGCAAUAACUCACCAUUUACUCGCUCGCAUUGCGAUUGCGAUGCCAAAUUCCGCAGAUGUUUACAAAAUCUCAAUACCGAAGUGGCCAAUACCCUCGGCGCGCUUUUCUUCAACGUGAUUCAAGUUAUCUGCUUUAAAGAGAGACGACCGUGCUCGCAGUGGCAAAGGAACGGUUACGCGGAGGCUGUGUCCGAUCGAUUGUGCUCGCAGUACAAGUUCCGACCCAGUGACAAAUACGUGCCCAUGAUGCCUCUGCACAAAUGAAUUUGGAAGUCUCCGGAAAGAACGGCCCUUAAAAAAAAAAGAAAAAACUGACAAUGAGAGAAGGGCUAAUAGUUAAUACCGCACCGACCAUAUCGUUUAUUUCAUAUCAAAUUGCCAUCCUCACUAUCGUGCACGUUAUUGCAGAGCAUGUACCAUUUAAGUAUUAGAGAUUAAGUUACGUUAGAUCUUUCGCAAUGGCGCGACUGCAAAUAUCAUUCGAAGCUUACGAUGGAGAAUUCCUUCCUGUUGUAUAUAUAUAUUUUAUCCCUACGAUCAUAGCCUGAUCCGUUUAAUUAUUUGUAAGAAGAUAAAGAUAUUUAGAAACGCUAAUCGAGCGUCUUUUGUGGGAUAGAAUUUCUCUGUAAGUUUGGAAGAAGUAUUACGGAAACAGAGUUUCUCGUUACAUGAGACAACGAUGUAUAUGUUAAUCUUUUUUUUCUAGCUAUUGUCAUCGAGAGUGAUAUGUAUAAUUUUAAUAUGUUAUAGUAAUUUAGUCGUUAGUAAAAUUGUAUAGUAUUUUGCAUAGAGAAUUAUUUGUCGUAAGUGUGCCAUAAUUUACAGUAUUUAAUUUUUCGUUUAUCAUAACUAAUAACUUUUACAUAGUCUAUUGUAGUUAGCAAAUAUUUAUCUUUGUAUGCAAAGAAAGCAUUGCUAUCUGGUUAAAAGUUACACAUGAAUAAAAAAAAACUAAUUCAGAGUUAAAAA